AUGGACCUGAUCAAGUUUGUAUUCGAAAAGCCCGUGGUAACAGGACGGGUUGCACGGUGGCAGAUGCUGUUGACUGAAUAUGAUAUCACCUAUGUGACCCAGAACGCUAUUAAAGGAAGCGUCAUUGCAGAGUAUCUGGCAGAUAGAGCCGUGGAAGAUUACCAGCCUAUGGAGUUUGACUUCCCAAAUAAGGAUAUCGAUUCGAUAAGCCAAGAAGAAGAAGAUUCUGAAGGAUGGAUGAUGUUAUUUGAUGGGGCGGUCAAUGUGUGGGGACAUGGAAUAGGAGUCGUACUCAUAUCACCAGAGAGGAGGCAUUAUCCAGUCGUAGCCAAGCUGACUUUUCCAUGCACCAAUAACAUAGCAGAAUAUAAAGCGUGUAUAUUGGGUUUACAGUCCGCCAUGGAUCGAGAUAUCAAAGAUUUAGUCGUGAAGGGAGACUCAGUCUUGGUUGUUCAUUAA